AGGACGAUAGUAAUUACUUCGUAAGCAGUUAAGCACGUGGGUUGAUUUAAUCAUGCAUUGAACGGACUAUUAUAAUAUCGUCAAAAGUAAGGCAAAAUUGGUUUCUGUAUACCUAUAUAAUUGCUACGAAAACGAUUACAGAAAAAAUAAAAUAAAAUUAACAAAUGUUUACAUUUUGGGAUUCAAUAUGCCAAUUGAUCAAAUACAAUAUUCUGAAAAAUACAGCGAUGAUAAGUAUGAAUAUAGGCAUGUUAUUCUGCCAAUUGAUUUAGCGAGGCAUGUUCCAAAAACUCAUCUUAUGUCGGAAACUGAAUGGAGAAACUUAGGAGUCCAACAAAGUCCUGGUUGGGUCCAUUACAUGAUGCAUGUACCAGAACCUCAUGUACUACUGUUUCGUAGACCAAGGACCGACAUUCUAGCAACUACGAGAACCACAUCUUUUCGAAGAUUGUACCAAGGUGUAAACUGUAUUUAAAAUUAAUUUAUAAAUAAAUAAUCUAUAAUAAACUUUGGCCAGGUUUAAU